GUAACUUGUUGCUAUUUCCGAUGCUCUCGUGUAGCAGUUCAACAGCCACAACCUGCGUUAGUGAAGAAAUUUCACAGUCAGCGCUGCUUUCGCCGGGUUGUGGUAAUUUUGAUAGAAAUCGGCUUCCUGUGGUGAAUUUUGUUGUCGCGGCCCUUUUCUCACCCUCUUGGGUACUCAGUCGUUGUUGCAGCUGCACCCAAACUAUCGAGCUGAGGGGAGCAGUCUGUAUUAACUCUCCGACACGAUCUAUAAGUAGGACUCACGUCCAAGAGGAAAGUCUCCCAUUUCCGUGGACCGUCAUUGUUCGAGGUUGAGAGAAACCCUAUAAGCAAAGUGACGUCAUUCUAAAUCCAAUAUGACGGCCGCUGCAUAAUAGCAAUUUACAUUUUUCACAGUCACUCCUAUGAUACAGGUAGCAAAUGAAAAGGCUUGAUGACAGAAUCGCAAUAAGCACAUGACGUCAUUCUAAAUCCAAUAGGGUGGCCGCCGCAAAAUGUAGAUUCAUAAUUUUCAUGAUCACCGCUAUGAUGUGGGUAUAAAAUGAGAGGGCUUAACGGGAGAAAUACAAUAAGCAAAUAACAUCAUCCUAAAUUUCACAUGGUGAUCGCUGCAAAAUAU